CUCCCUCCUGAUGCACCAGACCUGGGAGCUCCUGGUGAGCAAUGAGCAUGAGUCACAAGCUGUGGUUCGACUUCGAAGCCUGCAGGGCCUCUACUUACUGUCCGAAGGGGAUGGCUCUGUGGGCUACGGGCAGCCGAGGAGCAGCCAUCAUGGCUGCUUCCUGCUGCGUUUCCACCGGAAUGGGAAGUGGACCCUCCAGUGCAUAAUCACUGGGCGCUAUUUGGAGUCCGAUGGUGAGGAUGUGUUCUGCAACUCCAGGGUCCUCUCAGCCUACCACAUGUGGGCCCCGCGGCCAGCCCUGCAUGUCCAUGUGACCCUCUACAGCCCUCUCAACCAUUGCUAUGCCCGGGCUGACCCCACUGUGGGCCGUGUCUGGGUGGACGCGCCAGUUCCCUGCCUGGAGGAAUGUGGCUUCCUGUUGCAUUUCCAAGAUGGCUGCUACCACGUGGAGACCUCAACACACCUCUUCCUGUCCCACUUGGACCGGCUGGCCUCCCAGCCCUCAUCACAGACAGCUUUUCACAUGCAAGUGCGGCCUGGAGGGCUGGUGGCACUGAGUGAUGGAGAAGGGGGCAUGUUAUACCCACAGGGCGCACGGCUGCUCCUGGGCCUGGGCUCCGGUCCCCAUCGGGGCGAGGAGUGGUUUAUUUUGCAGCACUGCCCAGCCUGGGUCAGCCUCAAGUCAAAGGCACGGAAGUUCAUCUCAGUCUUCUAUGAUGUUGAGGUGUAUGCUGCCUCAGAGCGCUUAACCCAAAUGUCCUUGUUCCAGUUUGAAUGUAACAAGGAGAGCUCCACCUUGCAGCUUCGUUCAGCCAAUGGCUACUACCUAGUCCAGCGGCACCAUAGGACGGUGAUGGCUGACGGGCACCCCCUGGAGUCUGACACCUUCUUCCGAAUGCACUGGAAUUGUGGCCGGAUCAUGCUGCAGUCCUCCAAUGGGCGCUUCCUGGGUGUCAUGGCCAAUGGCCUGCUCGUGGCCAAUGCCACCAUCCCAGGCCCUACUGAGGAAUUUGGGAUCCGAUUAGCCAACCGCCCCUUCCUGGCACUGCGAGGGCGCUAUGGGUACGUGGGCACCUCGUCAGAACACGACCUUGUGAGGUGCAACCUGGACCAGCCUGACUGCAUCCACCUGCUGCCCUGUCGCCAGGGCAUCUACCACUUCCAGGGAUGGAUCCUUUUGGUCAAUUACAUCCUUUGGCACCUUUCGUCCUUGGGGAAAGUUUGCCCUCAACUUCUGUAUCGAGCUUCAGGGGAGCAACUUGCUCACAGUCCUGGCGCCCAAUGGCUUCUACCUGAGAGCUGACCGGAGUGGCACCCUCUUGGCAGACAGCGAAGGCAUUACAAAAGAGUGUAUCUGGGAAUUUUAGGUAAGGCCGAGUGGGGAUGGCUCUGAA